AUGCUUCUACAAUUUCUCAUAAGUGCAGCAUCUUGCGCUGUCUUUGCCGGCUCAGUGCUUGCAGCGGCUGCACCAAGCAACGCCCCUAUUGUUGAAGUGUCCAACGGCUCCUACUAUGGAAAAUACAACUCAGUAUAUAACCAGGACAUCUUUCUGGGAAUCCCUUAUGCGCAGCCCCCAGUAAAAGACUUACGCUUUGCACCCCCAAAGAGUCUUAACACCACCUGGUCCGGCCUUAGGAAUGCCACUGAAUACGGUUAUGCUUGCGUCGGUUACGGCGAAGACACCGAGGAUGCUUCGAAGAAUUUCACUAACGAAGAUUGUCUGACUCUUAAUAUCGCUCGCCCUGCUGGCAAGUCAUCUAAGCCCCUCCCAGUGGCCGUAUGGAUUCAUGGAGGAGGAUGGGUCUACGGAAGCAGCGCAGUUGGAUUGUACAACACAACCUUCCUUGUUGAACGUUCAGUGCAAAUGGGAGAACCUAUCAUUGCUGUCAGUUUUAACUACCGUCUGGCAGCCUGGGGCUUCCUCUACAAUGACCAGAUUGCGAAGGAGGGUCAGACGAAUGCGGGACUCAGAGACCAGAGAUUGGCCUUGCACUGGGUCAAGGAGAACAUUGCAGCCUUUGGUGGCGACCCUGAAAAGAUCACCAUCUUUGGCGAAAGCGCGGGCUCCGUCUCAGUAUUCAACCAUGUGCUAGCAUACAAUGGUCGUGACGAUAAGCUCUUCAGUGGGGCUAUUGGGCAGUCUGGAUCGAUUGCAGGCUUGGGCGGUCAGUGGCAGCCUACUACUGACAAAGUGGCCCUUGCCACUUACAACAUUACCCAAACUGUCUGUCCUGACGCCACUGACAAGCUUGCCUGUCUUCGCAAGGCCAAGUUUGAGGACCUGAACAAUGCCAUUAAUGCAAGCUUGAGCAUCCCUGUCGCCGCUUCUCCCAACAUCUAUGGUCCUUACAUCGAUGGAGAUAUCGUCGCCAGAAGUAUGGCGAAUCAGUUGAAGGACGGUGACUAUGUUAAAAUCCCCAUUAUCAUGGGAACCAACAACGAUGAAUCAGUGUACUUUGUACCUCCAGGUCUCAACAGUGAGGCAGACAUUCAACAAUUUCUCCUCGGGUCAUUUGUGGGCCUCAACUUGACUCAAGCCAAUGCCAUUCAAACGGGGUAUAAGUACGAUGAUCCAGAGCAGUGCUUGCCCGGUAUUCAUCGUUAUCAACUCAAUUCGACUGUAGGUAUACAGUUGAAGCGAGCCGUCUCCAUCUUGUCUGACUUGACGUUCAUCGGCCCAACUCACUAUGGAGCACAGCUUGUGUCAAAGAACAACUACAAACCCCUCUAUGUCUAUAACUUCAAUGCGUCCAUUAGCGUCGGCCCCAACUAUUAUGGCGCAGCUCAUGGAUACGAGUUGGCUUAUACCUUCUACAACCUGAAUGGAACUGGCUGGGAAGGUGAUAAGCCUCCCUUCCUGGGAGGCAAUCCAUUCAUAGGAAGGUCUAAGUCUUAUCUUGAGCUUGCCGAUGUCAUGAGUGGCAUGUGGAUUGGAUUUUUCAACCAUGGAGUUCCUGGUUAUAAGAACCAACCUGUCCCCAAGUGGCCAGCAUAUAAAGGGGGUGAUGGUCCAAUUAUGAUUUUCGACGCUCAGCCGAACAAGCUAAACACAAGGAAUCUAUAG